AUGCCAGCCCAGCUCCGACACCGUGACGCACUUCGACCAACGCUCCUGCUGGCGGUCGCUGUCUCGUGGCAACGGACGCUGUUGCUCCACGGCGGCGGGGCUGCGAUCUUCCGUGGCAGCGUGGUGCGCAUGAAGGACGAGACUGAGAGUUUGCACGUGCAGGUUUUGAACUUUGAUCCAGACGUCAAGCAGUGGCUCCUGCGUGCCGGUGAGAAGACUUUCCACCGAGUGGCUUCCAGCUUCGAGGUGGACUUCUGUGUCUCUCCAGAUGCCCUGGCCUCGCGGCAUCCUGAUGGCCUCCAAGUGGUACAGACGCCAUGUGGUCGGGCGCUGGAAGCUCAGGUGGACUUUCCCCAGGGCGAACUUUUUCGAGAGGCACCCUACCUGGUGGCUCAGCGGGGUGUGCUGGCAGCACGCUCAAGGGCGAUAGCCUUCGCAAGGGCCAAGGGGAUGAUGAGGGUAUUGGAGGCCUUCGAAGAGCUUUGCACCUCGCAGCCUUCCCAGUCCAUGUCGCCUGAGACGGCAGUUUUGGCGAGGUGGGAGUGCAAUUGUCAGCAACUCUCAGUUCCGCCAGCAUCUGGCAUCUACAGGACUCAUUCUCUUCUACAACAUUCUUGCCAGCCCAACUGUGCUGUGGGGGUUCUGUUCUCCACCGGAGAAGUGCUGGUGCGAGCUCUUCGAACGAUCCACCCGGGAGAAGCUCUCUGUCGGAACUACGAGCGGGAAGGAGUCCUCUCGUUUCCGACUGCGAGCGGUGGGAGGAUUUUGGAUGGUCUUGCCAUGGGAUGUACUUGCUUAGAAGUGCCACCAAGCAGCUGGCGCGUCGCAGUUCCGACCGACGACGAACGACGACCUUCGCGAAGUGACAUCGGACUCUCGUUGGUUUCAUGGGACGCAGCCAGGCGCAGCCAGGAUUUCUCCAGCUGGACGUGCGCUCGCGACAGCAACACCUCCGUGAGACGCGGGGCUUCACUUGCCUUUGCAGUCGAUGUGUGGCGGAGCAAUGAGACGGACAGCUCUGGACGCUCUGGACCUUUGGUGCUUCGGCUCCCGGUGGAUCUGCAGGGCGGAUCAGCGCCAGUUUGCUGGUUGGCCCGGGGCCCCAGUCUCUACGAGCGUCAAGCUGGCCUCAUACACCUCCAUGACACCUUUGCCAAACUCUUUGGUUGUACCUCCAAUGACUGCUGCAAGGAUUCAAGCUGGAGAUGCCGAUGCUGCGCAGUCAGAAUCGUUCUGUGCUUCUCCGAAGUGAUGGGUGUGCAGUCUCGAGAGGGCGUGUGGAAGCGGAAUGAGAAGUUGGUCUAUUUGUCUAACUUCCUUCACAUGACCAUGUACACCAUGUGCUUCGGCGGGAUUUUCGACAUUUUCCUCUACCAAUUGUCCCAAGAGCAACAGGUCAUCUUUGACGAUCCCAUCGCGGUGGGUGGCGCAUCCGGUCAUCCGCCGGUCUUUAGGGUGAACACGUACAGCACCUUUGAACUAUCCUUUUACCUCAACCCGUCCCAACCUGUGAGCUAUCCGCCGGGCUCCAACUGCUCCACUCUCUACACCUGUGGCACCUCCAUCCUGCACAUCACUGAUGGCUCCGGUAACGGGGACUGUUGCAAGGUCGGCAACCGAAUACCCUUUGCGUACUUUGCCAAUGGCACAACCAUGUUGCACAUUACCAUGGACGCACUUGGCCAGAACGAGACCUUGGACCGAAGGUCCUAUAGCAAACUCCAGCAUUGUUCCGCUCCGAAGGAGCUGCCUUUGCAUCAAUGGACCAAAGUGAAGCUAAAGGCCUCUGGGGUGGAGAACUCCAAGGGCAAGAUCGAACACUCCGACGGUGGCAUGAUCAUGUUCAUCAAUGAGGAGAAGGUGUGUGAGGUACCUGGCACAGCGUACCAUACUCUUCCAAGUCGCCAGGGCGCCUUGCUCUUCCUCGGUUCCUUGCAGAGCCCUCCCCUAAGGACACACGAUGAACACCUCCCAGCCAUGGUGGACAUCCAAAGCGUGAAGUACGGGAAGCCCGCCUCCAACCUCUUCGUCGGCUUAGCCAACAGCGCCCAGGGCAUUUUGUCAAUGCUGAUCAUGUACCCCAUCGGUUGGAUCGGCGACAAGACCAAUCGCUAUUUCUUGCUCCGCGGCAACUUGCUGGUCGCUGUACUCUCAGGCCUAGCCAUGCUGGCCGCGGUGUACACCUCGAACGUGGUCCUGCUCUUCACCGGAAUCUGCAUCUUCACAUGGUAUCAACAAACCAUGUCCUCCACCAUCUACGCCUGCUUGGCCGACAAUGUGGUGGGCGAGCGACGUACCCGCGCGGGGGUGAACUACAAGACCUUCUCCGCCUUGGCGAUGUCCUUUGGCCCGGCCAUCCAGCUGUGUGUGGUUCUGUGGGGCCCAAUGCAGGAUUCCUGGAGUGCCUCGACCUUCGAGCUGCUUUUGCUUCCAGGAUGGCUCUUGCUUCCGCUCAUUGGCUUGGCCGUCACGCUCAUGGUGCCUGUGGGCAAGGAGCUGAGCAGCAUCCCGAACACCGAUGAUGCCCAGGAGUGUCCUCGGAGCCCGGUGCGGGCCAAGCUUAGCGAGGCCUGGCUGGAGCAGCGGGUGUUCGGACGGCUGCAACGGCGCUUCGUCGUCGCUUUGUCGGUGAACAUCUUCUUCAUUGCCACGCUGCUGGCCAACGGCAUGACAGUGAGAUACUUCAGUUUGUACUUCACGCAAGUUCUCAGGUUCUCUCCGGCUCAGCUUUGCAUCCUCAAUGCCGUGUGCAGGCUCUUUAUCGCCGCUUUUGCGCAGCUGGGAAAACCACUGUCAGUACUACUGGGCCGCUCCAAUAUGGCUUUGCUGAUGCAUGUAGGAUCGGCUGUGGCCACCUUGGGCAUCUAUGGCGGAGGCUUCUUCACUCCGUCACUGCUGGUGGCUUGUGCGUGCUACUUGCUUCGCUUCGCCUGUCUUCAUGCCAGAGAUCCAGUGUUGUACUCGAUCACCAUGGACUGUGUCCCGCAGAGCCAGCGCAGCCGAUGGGCCGCCUUGAACUCGCUGCGGACCUUGUCGUUCAGCGCGUCAGCCGUGCUGGGCGGCUUUUUGGCCGACCGACAUGGCUAUGAGUUCUCGUUCAGCGUGACCAUCGUCUCAUUGCUGGCCUGCACGGUGUUCAUGCUGCCGGCCCUGCUGUGGUUUCCAAGAAAGGAAGGAGUUGGCAGCGACCAGGUGCAGGCUGAUGCUUUGAUUCCGCCUGUGGCCAGCCAGACGGACCUAGCAGAGGUCCAAACAGCCCCCUCUCGGCCGCUUUGA